UAUAUAGAAUAUUUUAAGCACUCGUUCUAUGCAAGUUCAACAACUGUUCUACCUUGCUCUCACCAACGCUCCCAUAAUAAUGGCUUGUAUAUUGUGAACUGGUAGGUCUGAAUUUCUACCAAUAUUUUCCAGAGUCCCGUUUACCACAAGUGAAGAAGAUCUUCGGAUGUCAAGCCCGACAUUAUUCCAUGGAUCCAGUGGCUGCUCACCGUGCCCUAAAGCAAGCUAGACUGUGGAACCAGGAACCGAAGCCAGCGACAGUCUGUCCCGGCCAAGGCUUGGUUGAGUUAAUCGAUGUUUGCUUUGAUGAGCUCGCACUGUUGAUAGUACUUGUUUCGACUACAGUGGUAUAUAUACCAAAAUAUAACAUACAACCGGACAAUGCUGCCAACAAUGCAAGUCGUAGUAUGGUAGCUAUGGUGAUCCCCUCCUGCGUGAGGCAAGAAGAGGUUGAAAUGUUCGGGAGUGGAUCGAAGACAAGAGAAACCCAAGACGACGCCAAGUGGAACACCAGGAACUGGAUCCACCCAUCGGUGAGAUUUUUCAGAGAAGAGCUGGGCGCGUUGCAGAAAAUUCCCCUCCGAAUCGGCACACCGAGGCCGACUGAGCGUGGAUCCCGAGUCUUCGGCGUGCCGAAAAUGUCGGCUCGGGCCAAUAAUGCCGUGUGCUGAUUGCGAGACAACAAUCCCUCACCCACAGACCGGUCAGGUAUAUAAACCUGCCAGCAGCAGCAUCUUUCACGGCUUCUCGUCCCCUGUAGUUUUUCUCUCACUCGUCCUCUUCAGCGAUGCAGCCUCCCCUGUGCUGGCGAUCGCCAGGAGGAAAACUUUUUUCUUGCGCUCCACCCCGAGUGCGGAUCUGCCGCAGUUCUCGGACGAAUCCACAUUUAGAACUCGUCGCGAUGCGCCAUGGGAAAAAUAGAAUUCUCGCAGUAACGCGACAAGACAGAAAGUGGAUCUACUCUCGUAAAUGGAAACCGCGGGUCUCUAGUUUCAAAAUGACCGUAGAAACGC